AUGACUCAAUUAAAUAGUUUUUUUUAUGUUUCAGAUAAUACUGGAGUUAAAAAAAUUUUUAGUAUACAAAAUAUAACUAGAAAUUCAUUUUUAGUAAAUACAACAGAUAUUAUAUUAGGGAUUAUUAAGGAAAUUUCAUUUAAAUCCUCUUUUAAAUAUUCUGAAAUAGUUUAUGGUUUUGUAGUUAGAUUAAAAAAAACUCAAAAUAUUCAAAAUCGUUAUAAUUAUAUUUUUAAUGAAAAUGCAGUUAUUUUAAUUGAUAAAAAUUUUAAUCCAUUAGGAACUAGAAUUUUUGGUUUAUUUCCAGAAAAUUUAAAAAAUAAUAAUUACUUAAAAUUAAAUUCUUUAGUUUUAAAUAUAAUUUAA